UAAUUUUAUAAACAAAAAGGAGUUGAGAGGAGAGUAGAAAAAGGAGCAGUAGUGAGAUGUUGUUGUUUACAAAAUGCUUUUUCUAUGCCUUUUAUUGACAGACUGGAAAAUUCCAUUCAACCUAAAGUAAGUUAUCAGAUAAUAACAGUAACACCUCUCUUUCUCCAAAGAAAUAAAAACUUCCCUUUGGAGAGUUCAAAGCUUAAAAAUAGUAUUUGUAUUCUGCUCAUUACAUACAUACACCUAAAAAAACACAUGCUCUUUUCAAUUUCAUUUAAGAAAGAUGAUAACGUUAACAGAUUUCUACCAUGUGAUGACAUCAAUGGUGCCACUUUACGUGGCUAUGAUAUUAGCUUAUGGUUCAGUGAAAUGGUGGAAGAUAUUCUCUCCCGAUCAAUGCUCCGGCAUCAAUCGCUUCGUUGCUCUGUUUGCAGUUCCUUUACUUUCAUUCCAUUUCAUUGCCUCUAACAAUCCUUACAAAAUGAACACACGCUUCCUCGUCGCAGACACACUUCAAAAGAUUAUCGUCUUACUUGCUCUCACCAUUUGGGCCAACGUCAGCAAAAGGGGUUGUUUAGAAUGGACAAUAACACUCUUCUCCAUUUCAACACUCCCAAACACUUUGGUUAUGGGAAUCCCUCUUCUCAAAUGUAUGUACGGUGGUGAAUUUUCUGGGAGUUUGAUGGUACAAAUUGUGGUCCUUCAGUGUAUUAUUUGGUACACGUUGAUUUUGUUCAUGUUUGAGUUUAGAGGAGCAAGAAUGCUUAUCUCAGAACAGUUUCCAGACACUGCUGGUACCAUUGUUUCCAUUCAUGUUGACUCUGAUGUGAUGUCGUUGGAUGAUGGAAGACAGUGUUUGGAAACAGAAGCUGUAAUCAAAGAAGAUGGGAAGCUUCAUGUUAUAGUGAGGAGAUCAAAUGCUUCAAGAAGGUCUCAUUCUCAGUCUCAUACAACACCUCGAGCUUCAAAUCUGACGAAUGCAGAGAUAUACUCUUUGCAAUCAUCAAGGAAUCCAACUCCAAGAGGGUCUAGUUUCAACCACACAGAUUUACAUUCCAUGAUGGGUGGUAGUCGUAAUUCUAACUUUGGUGCUUUUGAUUUGAAAGGAACACCACCGAGGACUUGUAAUUAUGAUAAUUCAAUGUCUACGACAAAGGGGAAUUACCCUGCGCCAAACCCCGAAAUGUUCUCUCCAAAAAACGUUGUUGCUGCUAAGAAAACGGAGGAUCUUCAUAUGUUUUUUUGGAGUUCAAGUGAUUCCCUUGUUUCUGAUGUUAAAUUGAAUGUCUCUCCAGAAAAAGUGGAGGGUGAGGAUGAGCACAAGAGAGGGGAGGAAGGUGGGGCAAAAACGAUGCCACCAGCAAGUAUAAUGACGAGGCUGAUAUUGAUAAUGGUUUGGAGAAAACUUAUCAGAAACCCAAACACAUAUUCGAGCAUUAUCGGCCUAACUUGGUCACUCAUUUCAUUCAGGUGGAAUAUUGAAAUGCCUGUUAUCAUAGCAAAGUCUAUUUCCAUAUUGUCGGAUGCAGGGCUUGGCAUGGCCAUGUUCAGUCUUGGUCUGUUCAUGGCUUUGCAACCGAGGAUUAUAGCAUGUGGUAAUCGCAUAGCAGCUUUCUCUAUGGCCAUUAGAUUCCUUACCGGUCCAGCUGUCAUGGCAGCUGCUUCCAUUGUUGUUGGACUCAGAGGAACCCUCUUGAACGUUGCCAUUGUUCAGGCAGCACUUCCACAAGGAAUUGUCCCAUUUGUCUUCGCCAAGGAAUACAAUGUACAUCCUGAUAUUCUCAGUACAGGGGUAAUUUUUGGGAUGUUGAUUGCAUUGCCCAUAACGCUCGUUUAUUACAUCUUGUUGGGUCUAUGAAUGGAAUGGAUAUAUCAAAAUGCUGAAGAUUACAUACAUGUGGCCUUCAUCCAAGCUUGUUUAAUAGCAAUAGCUAGACCAAGAGAAACAAAAUAUCAGCAGCACUGUGUUGGAUGAAAUAGGAAAACAUCACCAUUGAAAAAUAGGAGGAAUCAUCCAAUUUGUUUUUAUUUUCUUUUUUAAUGAAUUGUCUUGCUUAGCGAAAAUGUAAAAUCAUCAUGCUAAUAGCUAGAGGAGCAGUUUAGUUUAAUUUAUAAAAUGGCUAUGGCUAUCUCGUAAAUUUCAAAUUAAAUUGUCCUAGAUUCAACAUCACUUAACUCGUCAAGCGAAAGAAGGAAAGCAAGCAAUUUAAAGAGUUGAAAAUUGGAACCAUUA